GAGAAAUUGGGCAAAAUCCAGUAUGCUUGAGACCGAAAUCUCGAUUUGGUACGUUAGCUGCUGAUAGUCUGAAGCUAGUCAAUUUCUGUCUUGAAAGCCUCACUUCUCAAAGCUCAUCGCAUUUGCAAGAAGCAAGAAGCCAAAGCUAGGGUUUUCAUUUCUCCCCAAAUUGAAGCUCCCCUUCUUCAUCUUCCGAUGACCAGCGCUUGGACAAAUAUGAGCUUUGGAAUACAUAGGGAUGUAGAGGGGGAGUGGGAGAGUACUGGGUGGAGUAAUGGGUUUAUUAAAUAUAAUGGAGUUCCUUGAUCAUUCUUUGGAGAGCUAUGCAUCUGCAAAAACUUGAGAAAGCAUUGGCGAUCAAUUAAUAUAUCAAAUAUAUAUUAGCUUUGGAGCCUCUUGGAGCAUAUGAGCAAUGGAGCUUAUGGAGAAUCGCUCACCUCAAGGAUUGCUCUCUUGGUUUGCUUCAUGUAAAUCUUUGUGCAGAGUGACUAAGCAAUAAAAUGAGUAGCCGUUUCUCGCGUACCAUCUAUGUUGGUAACUUACCUGGAGAUAUUAAAGAACAUGAGGUUGAAGAUCUGUUUUACAAGUAUGGUCGUAUCUUGGAUAUUGAAUUAAAAGUUCCUCCUCGACCUCCUUCCUAUUGCUUUGUGGAGUUCGAGAGUUCUCGAGAUGCGGAUGAUGCGAUCAGGGGACGUGAUGGGUACAACUUUGAUGGCUGUCGUCUAAGGGUUGAACUUGCACAUGGUGGUCGGGGAUCUUCCUCUGCUAGUGAGCGUCGUGGUGGAGGGUCUGGGCGCUAUGGUGCAUCACGUCGUACUGAUUAUCGAGUUAUUGUUCGUGGACUUCCUUCUUCUGCAUCAUGGCAGGAUUUAAAGGAUCACAUGCGAAAAGCUGGUGAUGUUUGCUUUGCUGAAGUUUCUCGUGACAGUGAAGGAACCUUUGGUUUGGUUGACUAUACUAACUCUGAAGACAUGAAAUAUGCUAUCCGAAAACUGGAUGAUACUGAAUUCAAAAAUCCUUGGGCAAAAUCUUAUAUUCGGGUUAAAAGGGGAGAGGGAAGCUCAACUAGGAGCCGCAGCAGGAGUAGAAGCCCGAAAAGGAACAGAAGCAAAGCACUGGAGAAAUCAGUUUCAAGAUCACCAUCGAGAUCAAGGUCUGCAUCACCUGUGAAAUCUGCCAGGCCAAAGUCUAGAUCCAGGUCGAGGUCCCUUUCUAAGUCACGGUCAAGGUCCAGAUCGCCGCAGUAGUACUAGUCUAUUUGGCCAGUUUCUCUGCCCUGUGAUCAUCCAGUGGUACACCUUCGAUGUAUGAGCAUCUGGCUAAUGCUGAUUAUUGCAUGAACUUCACAAGCGUAGUUAUAUUUCCCCUGACGGAACCUUGUAAAACAGACACGUAAGGCAGAUUUGGCUAUGGUUUUUAUUUGGUCUUUAGUUUAAAAACGUUAUGUUGAGGAGUCCAUUUAAGUAUAUUGUUGCUUAAUUUGUUUUUCUUUUGGUUUAAUUUGGUUAUUGAAUUACGGGAUUUGGAGACUCUACUUUCUGAAGAUUAAUCAAAACUAGAAUAUUUCUAUA